GGGCAGCCAAUGGGCUUCUGGCCGGGGAGGAAGGAGGAAGCGAGCCCGGGCCCAAGGCUGGAGGCGAGGAAGGAAGGAAGGAAGGGCCGCCGUCAUGGGGGUGAGCCAGUCCCUGGGUCUGCCCCGGGGCCAGGGCGCCCUCCCCGUCGGGUGCACGGACGUCAUGGUGGGGCAGAACCCCAAGGGCCUCUUCUUCCGCCUCUUCUACCCCUGCGUCCCCCAAGACGGAGCCGAGCAGCCCGCCUGGAUCCCCCGCUAUGAGUACUAUUAUGGGCUGGCCGACUACAUGAACAUGAAUCGGAAGUGGUUCGCCCCGCUGCUCAGCGUGACCUUUGGGUCUUGCAAAAUCCCGGUGAACUGGAACGCUCCUUUUCGACCGAGCAGCCACAAAUAUCCGCUGAUCAUAUUCUCCCACGGCUUGGGAGCAAUUCGAACGGUGUAUUCCGCCAUCUGCAUCGAAAUGGCUUCCCGUGGGUUUUUGGUGAUGGCACUGGAGCACAGGGAUCGCUCUGCUUCGGCCACCUACUUCUGCAAACUGGAUCCCGAAGCGCCCGAUCUCCCGGGAUCUCAGGCGAAUGAAGAAUGGCUCUCCUAUCGAGGGGUUCCGAAGGAUCAGAAGGAAUUCCACUUCCGAAACCCACAGCUCCACCAGAGAGCCAACGAAUGCAUCCGGGGACUCAAGCUCUUCCGCAGCAUCGAUGCCGGCAAGCCUCCUGUCAAUCUCUUGCGCACUGAUUUCGAUCUGUCUGCGCUGAAGGACAACAUCGAUCUGACCAAGGUUGCCGUCAUGGGCCACUCGUUUGGAGGAGCAACGUCUGUCCUCGCCCUGGUCAAAGAAGCCCAGUUCAAGUGUGCUGUUGCUCUCGACGCCUGGAUGUUCCCUUUGGAGAACUCCCUGUACCCCAAAGUCACCAAACCGGUCCUCUUUGUCAACACGGAAUCCUUCCAGACGCCCGAAAGCGUGGCCAAAAUGAAGAGGAUCAGCGCCACGAGCAACGAGAGCAAGAUCAUAACGAUACUGGGCAGCGUCCACCAGAGUCAGACCGACUUCACUUUCCUGGCAGGGAAUCUGGUGAACAGGGUCUUCCAAACAAGAGGCACCAUCGAUCCCUACGAAGGCCACCGCAUUACCAACCAAGCCGCUCUUGCUUUCUUGCAGAAACAUCUCCAGCUGAAAGAGGAUUUUGACCAGUGGGAUCAUCUCCUGGAAGGCAUCGGUGACUGCAUUGUUCCAGACAGUCCUCUCCAGAAGUCCAGCCUCUAGACACAGAAUACUCUUCCUGCCGGUGCUUUAGGGCACAAUGACCAUUGGGGAGUAUCGUCUCGUACUUAUAUAAACUCUCUUAAUGAAUGAUCAUACACUUCUCUUGCCAAAUGACUAUCAUUGUUAUAAGACUUUGUGUAUACAACAGAUUUAUGUUCACUGUUUGUGUCUAUUGAUAUUAGGUUAGAAAACCAUUACUAUUGUAAUUGUUACACUAUUGUUUGUAGUGCUCUCGGUUCUAUGCACUUGGGCAAGUCAUUCUCUCUGAGCCUCAGAGGAAGGCAAAGCUACUUGCCAAGGAAAUUAUCGAAUUGCUAUUAAGUUGGAGCAGUUUGAAAGCACUUAACAGAAACCCUCUCUGGAGGGUUCAAAUGCACCUUAAUACUGUGCCUUAUGAGCUCAUCAGUCUCCUCCUUGAUCCUGAAUCAGUGAACAUGUUGCGCAGCUCUUUAACACCUAAUCCAGGCUUGGGCAAACUUUGGCCCUCCAAUGUUUUGGACUGCAACUCCCACCAUUCCUAACAGCCGGUAUCCACAAGCAGGUUGACUGGGGAUACUGGGACAUCUUGUUCCCCAAAGCUACUAUUCUCAGCUCCGACCAGAACGUGGGAGCAAUGCUCAAGCUUGUGGUGCAUGGAAUGACAGCCACAUUCCUCCUCCAAGCAUUUCCAUGGCCAUGUUGCUGGUUGCGUGGGUGGAAGAGGGGUGGGUGGCAUAUUUAUACAGGUCUUGUCUAGCUGCACUUUGCUGCCACUUGCCAAAUGUGAAUAUUCCUCCAAUAUCCCUCCAGUGCUGCUGCUGUGAUGAUUGAUUUGUGUCUCUCAAAAUGAAUGCUCGUGAUGAUUUUUUAAUUAAAAAAAACAGAGUGCUGUUUUCAAUAGAAA